AUGUGCAAAGCCAAAUCCAAACGCAAAGACCUCGAAGCUCCGGCUUGGCUGGUCAAUGAGUGGACCACAGGGAAUAAAUCUGGGAUUGCCAGGGUUCUACAGGAAGAGAACUUUGACAAGGAGAAGUUCUUCGCCCGCAUGCACGUUGUGAUUACCCGGAAGAACUCCGUGAAACUCCUCGUCGAGGAACAAUGGUGUUCCAGGAAGACCUCUGCUUCCUACGAGGAAAAGCACAUGCAGGAGAAGGAUGUCACAGAUCCGAAAGAGAUGCCAGAUGUGGGCAGCCUGCAAGACUUGUCUAAGAUCGAAAACCACGCCAAUGGUGCCGGGAAAUCGCCCAAGAAGGCUGCUCAGGAGAACCUCGUGAAGAUCAUGGAUUCGAUUAUGGCCCAGAUCAGCAAGCUCAGGUCGCUGAUGCGGGAGAUGAGGCUGAAGUACAAAGACAGUGAGAAGCCCUUUGAAUCUAUAUAUGGCAUGCCCCAACCGCACAAGCCGAAAUCCGUUGCAACAACCCAGGACUGUCAGCACCCUCGAGCAUCACAUCAAGUCUCUCGAGAGCAUCUUCGACCACUGCCAAGAGGCCAAGCUCAAGUCCGAGAUGAAUCUCGACGAUGA